UCUGUAUGUGUGUAUGUGUGUGUGUGUUGGUAUCUCAGUCCAAUGCAGUAGUUUUCUGUAAGCAUGUCUGUGAAUGAGUCCAAGGCAGAUCUCUAUGACAUGUCCACUUUGUCCAUGGCUGAGCCGGAGAAAAAGCCUGAUCACCAUAAAGCCUCUGUAUUUGAGAGGUACAUCCAGACUUGUGCAGCUGAGGUGAUCGGGUCGGCUCUGUUCAUCUUUGUGGGUUGUUCGUCUGUGAUUGAGAAUGUGGAGGGCACAGGAAGGCUGCAGCCUGCACUGGCACAUGGCUUGGCUUUGGCAAUUGUUAUUGCAGUCUUAGGUGAAAUCUGUGGAGGACACUUCAACCCUGCAGUGUCGCUGUCCGUGUACCUGGUCGGAGGGCUGAACGUCGUUAUGCUUGCUCCUUAUAUCGUCUCUCAGCUGUGUGGAGGAAUGCUGGGUGCAGCACUGGCCAAGGCAAUCUCCACAGAGGAAACGUAUAUGAAUGCAUCGGGUGGGGCAUUCACGGCUGUGCAGAGUAGUGGGCAGAUCGGCAGAGCGGUUGUGGCAGAGACUGUGAUGACUGUCUUCUUGACUCUGGUAGUCUGCAUGGGAGCAGUGAAUGAGAAGAGCCGGAGUCACCUGGCUCCCCUCUGUAUCGGUCUCACUGUUGCAGCCGACAUAUUUGCAGGAGGAGCAGUGUCUGGUGCCUGUAUGAACCCUGCUCGGGCGUUUGGACCAGCAGUGGUGGCAAACUACUGGUCUUACCACUGGAUUUACUGGGUCGGUCCACUGGCUGGUGCUCUGAUAACUGCCUGUUUUGUAAGGCUACUGCUGGGUGACAGGAAAAUCCGGAUUCUUCUAAAAUAAAGCGGUGUGAAUACUUGAAGAAAACGAUUUUGAUGCCCAACAAGCUACUCCUUGAAGAUUCCAGACUGAAUUGAUUGUUCCAACUAUAAUUAUUCUACUUUUAAUUUCUAAGAAGUUUCCUGGGGUCUCUAGAAUGUAGACUACUUUAGGUUUUAGUUGUGGAAGCUGGUGGUCACAAUGGAAACAAGUUGGUUACUAUUACCUAUAUCUACUGUACAGUAUGUGUGUUUAAAAAUAUAACUGUGCCAGACGGACAGACAGGCUUGAUAUACUCCCAAUAAUGUGUGCUGAUUGAAGGUCCUUAGUAAAGUUCAUCAGUUCUCUAUUUAUAGUUCAAAUGUAAAUGUGACAUGCAGUCAGAAAGUGAACAGAAAGACACCCUCCAUAUAGCCCAAGAUUGUGAUAUACUUUCAACAAUGUAUUCUAAAGAAGUUCCUUAUCAAAUGUCAUUAUAGUGGAACAAGAGUUUUCUAGCUGUAUGAAAAAAUGACACACAGACAGACACUGUAUUCCCAAAUAUUAUGAUACUUAAUAUACCGUGUGCUGAAGAAGGUCUGUAGCAAGUUUAUUGCCAAUUGGACAAAUGGUUCUAUAGAUAUAAGCAAAACUUAGGGCCAAGCCUCCACUAUACCAAUAUAUAAAUAAGUGAAAGCAUGAGAUGUUAUAGAUUUGUAUCACUGUAUCUUCUUAUCAAGAAUGCAAACAUUGCCACUUUUAUGAAAUACUUUACUAUACAUACUUGCCUGUGCUUAAGCAUACUUUCACUAUGCUGACUACCCUUUCACAUGAUUUUUAUCAUACAGUACAUUGAUAUUGCUAAUGAGUCAUGACUCAACAGUUUUAUGAGAUUGAAUAGAGUUAAAAUAAUCAAGCGAUUAAGAAAAAGGUGUUAGAAUAAAUAAAAUGGGUGUUAAUGUGCUGUAAAUUAUUAUUUGUUUAUUUAGCAGAUGCCUUUAUCCAAGGCGACUUACAGAGACUAGGGUGUGUGAACUAUGCAUCAGCUGCAGAGUCACUUACAACUACGUCUCACCCGAAAGACAGAGCACAAGGAGGUUAAGUGACUUGCUCAGGGUCACACAAUGAGUCAGUGGCUGAGGUGGGAUUUGAACUGAGGACCUCCUGGUUACAAGCCUGUUUCUUUAACCACUGGACCACACAGCCUCAGAUAAAUAUAAUUUAUCAACAAAUUGAUAAAAGAAUCCAUUACAAUUUUGUAACAUCUAAAUUAGAAUUCACUGAUAUUUGUCUUUUUUGCAUUGUGGUUAAGACACUUGCUUGCCGUGUGCAUGGUCGCAGUUUUGCGCCCAGCCUCUGCCCUGUUACACAUAGCAAUACUUGGUAUAGUUUAUUAAUACUUCUCAGUUCAGUUUUGCCAUGUUUUAAAAAUUCCAGUUAAAAGUGCAUUUAUCUAAGCUUAAUUUUUAAAAAUAAAUGUGAGUAAUUCAACACUGAAUCAAAGAUUUUUUUGACUGCUAGGGUCUCUUUCAAUGUCUUUUUAAUAAUGACGACUGUUAAUGUAACACUUUGAAGCUUAUCUCAUAUUAAUAAAAAAAUGUUAUAACUCCAA